AUGGCUAUCACCCCUGCCUUAUAUGAACUUGCUUAUCACCCUCAAACACUUCAGUUCAUCCAAUUUUAUGUUGACACGCCACACAUGUAUCCUUCCGGUAGAUAUAAUCCAAUCAGCGGAUCUAUAGUGACAGCUGGUUGGAAAUCGUUUCAAAUAGAGUGUGCUCUGGAAUUGUUGUUUUAUGGUAAAACGUUGUGCAUAGCUUUUCUUAUGGAUGGCAAUUUCGUCAAAUAUGAAAGAAUGCGUUACUUAUCA